GUCAGGAUGUUAAAGUGGACUCUCCGCAACCCCAGUGACGCCCCUACGCCCCCUCCGCCCGAAGUAAGGUACCAAGUGCGAGAAGCGGAGGUUAAACUCAACCUCAAGGACUCAAACAAAUGCUGGAUGGAAAACCAGGUAAAAGUGGCCCAGGUUCGGUCUACCUCGAGGAUCCUGGGAACAUCCAAAGAAAACGGAGAUGAGCUCUGUCAUGAGAACGGGAAACUCGGCCACGGGAAGGAGAACGAAUCUAUUUUCAAGAAGUGGAUUUCUUCCGCACACAGCGACGAAGACAAGAAAAGAAAACGACAUCACAAACACAUAAGAUGUAACCCGCUGGACCCGCUUCGCCUCUUCUCCGGCGAGGUGACCGACAGCGACACCGGCAGCGUGUACAUGAAGCUCGACCACACCCCCGCCGCCCUCCAACCCCGCCCGCAAGUCGUCGCCACCACGGGGCCGCACGACCCCCGCAGGAAGCCUCUCAUCGACAUCUCCAAUGGUGACUACAGCGACCUCAGGAAGCAUCUCCAACAAAUCUCCGCCUCGCACCUCCACCAUCCCUAUCACCACCAUCACCACCACCAUCACCAACAGCAGCAGCAGCAACAACAGCAUCAGCAUCAUCAUCAUCAUCACCAUCACUCGGAGUUGCCUCCUUAUCUCCAACAAUUUGCUCCUUCCUCGCGCCAUGUUCACCAUCAUCACCAACAUAGUUAUGUUCAGGAGGGACAGUUCCAAACUGCCCUUGGCCACGCCCACCUCCCCCGCCCAGAGCCCCUGGGCGCCACCGCCUCCCAGGCCAACCUCCUCCGCGGGCACCGCCAUCGCUCGAGCUCUUCCUCCAGAUCCAGAUCACGUUCCUCGUCGCGGUCGCGCCCCAUGGCGGCCGUGAACUCCAGCCUCCUGGCCGGGAGCACCGUCGCCUUUCCCACCACGACCGUCGCCGUCGCCUCCGCCACCACUACCACCACCACCAUCACCACCACCAGCAACUGUCGAGGCAUGGCGGAAGGGCAGAGCCAGUCCCGCCUCCAUGAAGUUCGGGGAGCGUCCAUAUCCUCUUCCUCCUCCUCGUCGUCCUCCACCAACGCCCUCAAGAGGCAUUCCAUCGCCGACAUCCCGACGGAGUCCUCCUUCCGGGGCGUGUGGGAGAUCCAGAAGGCGCGGCGAGGGCGGUCGUCGAGCCACGAGAGGAAGCGGGACGACUCGCGCGAGAGGGUGCGGCUCCCGAGGUACAGCAGAGACCGGAGAAAAGAGGACGACGAGCAGCCGGAGGACAGAGGUCGGCAGGGCAGCGAGCGGGUCGAGGGGCGGAGGGCCAGUCGCGAGAGGGCCAAGGACGAGCCGAUCUACGAGAAGGUCGGCAGCGCGAACACCUCCGGCUCAAGUAUAACCUCCAAGAAAUCCAAGAGCAUCUCGGGCUCAAGCAUCAGCUCGAGGAAGAGCCAGAACUCGUACGACAACGCCAUCUACAUGUCCAUGAAGGAUUUGCGAGCGCACUGCCAGCUGGAGGACGUCGAGGAGUGGGACAACGACCACCUGUACUCCUCCCUCCACGUGCGGAUCUCGCCCGACCCCAACAAGACGCCCGUGCACAUGCGCGACCACCUGUACGAAAACAUGCUCUACUUGCCCAUGACGGAGAUCAAGAACGUGCUCAAGAAGUCGCUGGACCGCAGCCGUCCCCUCCCGGACCCCCCGAACUUCGACGACCAGAGCGAGCUGGACGAUACCUGCGCCUUCACCUCCGAGCCUCAGAAGGACAUCCACAAGCCCGUGGCCAUCAAGAUCUCCAACGACCUCAUCGCUCGCUUCGGCAAGUCCCCCAACGACAGGCAGCACCCGAUGCCGCAGUACGGGCUCUACAUCGCCUCCCAGCCGUCCAAGAAGCCGUGCAAGAUCGCGGAGGGCUGCCAGGAGGAGGAGGUCCACUCGAGUCACGAGGCCAAGCCCACCAAGGUCUACAAGAGCACGGGCCAGCACGUCCACAUCAACUAUUCCGAGAAGCACACCGAGCCCACCAUCCCACUGCACAACCUGAGGCCUCCUCCGCCGCCGCCUCCGAGAAAAUGCAAGUCAGGCCAGAGUUCGAGCAUCACGAAGAGCAAGUCAAAAUCAAAGGCCUCGAGCAAACAGAAAUCCGAGUCGCACCUUCCUGUCAUCUACGAAAACACUCGCCAGGAGGAAGAGCUGACUCAGUCUGCGAAAAAGCGAAAACUGCGGCACAGUAUGGCGAUAGAAUUUAGUUUUGACGACGACGAUGGUCCCAUUAACAAAUCGUCUGAAGACGCCAGCGUCGAGGGUUCGACUCCUCGCGGUCAUAACACAUCGAGCAGUGAUAACCCUGAUAGCGGUGUUUCCGAGGGCAUCACUACGCCUUUGGUAAGUCCCAUGAGCGCCCCGAGAAGCCCACAGACUCCGCGAAGUGACAGUUUACUUGAGGAACCCUGCACACCCCUCAGCAUGGAGGAUCUACACUCAUUCAAAGAAAACGGUCAGGCAAAGCUAACUAAGGAAAACGUUGAGGCGAGCAGGAACUCAACCAUUUUUUCUAAUGUGUCCCACGAUAUCACUGAUCCUCGUUUUCUUGAAAGUUUUCUCAAAGACGGACCAUUCUCUCGCAGAAGUUUUGCAGGACAAUCUAGUUUUCUUACUGAAGCAUGCAUUGACGAUAUGUUUCAUCAGAUAAAACCCCCAUCUUUGCAGCAAACAAUGUCUAGCAUUUCAUGUUCACACUUAGACUCAUUUUGUCUUAGUCCUAAACAAUACUUCGACACGCUAAAGAGUAAAAGCGCUGAUGUGAGUAAAAUGUUAUUAAGUGCUGUAGGAAGAAAUUUAUUUUCUGAAUCGACCAAAGUUUCCACGCCGAACCGCAAUGCCGCGCAGCUGGACACGUCCGCGUCGCGCCGCCAUUCCGUGGCCGGCCUGGAGGACAUUUCCCGUAGACUUUCGAAGAUCGAGUUCAGCGACGACACCUCGCUGUGGGGGAUGGAGGUGUCCGACCACUGCGACUCGGCUCUCAAGAAGUCCAAGUCGCUGCAGUGUCUGAGCUCGUCGGCGGCGCUGUCCUCCCCGCCCAACGUCCCCCUCAUGGAGUCGAUGGCGGAAAUAUUAAAGGACCCCGAAGCGAGAUGCGAUUCCCGGCCCUUCCGCGGCCUGGACGUCAAUGGCGAGCAAACGAGCCCCAACACAAGUGAACAAUCGGGACAAUGGUGGGCAGGAGGCUGCGGGGAGGAGGACGAAGGGGGGGAGAGAGGCGGGGGGCGGGCCACAAAAGGGUCAGGUAGGGCAGGUGGGCAUGCGGACGGUGCGACGGGCUCACUCGCGUCCUCGCCGGCGUCCCAGCACCACCAGCCCCCGCCCGCCGCUGCCCAGCCCAGCCCGACCCACCACCUCUCCCCGAACAGAAACCCGACACUACCACUUCCGGUGGAGAUGAGCGGUGGGCUGCAUCUGGCCGUGGGGCACGAGGGUGCCUGCUUCUCAGUGCCUCUCGGGCCGUCAUCCUGUGAGGACAGUGCUCGGCCAGACCUGAGUCAGUGCGUUAGUGGUUGUGGCGACUCCGAGUCUCAGGACGGCAGCUUCAAGGACCCGCUGACGGCGCGGCAGCAGCGGCGCCGAGAGGAAAGUUCGUACCGCUUACAGCGCAUGUUACAAGACAAUGCGCAACCGCUGGUAGAGGACGAACCCGAGGAAUCCGUGAGCGCCGAUUGGUCUAUGGAAGCUCUGCUGGACGAGUACUCGACCUUCGACCACCAGGACCUCGACGAAGAGCUGAGCGAGGGAGCGCCUCCCUCCCCAGACUCCGUGGCUGACUCCAUCAGCCUGUGUACACUCGACAGCGACGCGGCUGACAACGUGUUCCUCAGCCCGAAAUUGGUCGAGAAGAUUAAGCAAGUGUCGGAGGAGAAGAUGUUGGCCAGGCUGAGGAAGUCGUUCCGCAGCAAGAAGGGGAAGGGCGCCCCCGCCGCCGCCACCACGGCUCCUGCCGACGCCCCCGUGGCCCCGAAGGUGGGAAUCUUCAUGUUCGUGGACAACCCAAUGUACUUAAGUCCUGAUGUAAAGAAAGAAGUGAAAUUUGUGAGGCCUCACAUUGCAAAAAAUGAGGACGAAGGACGCAACAAUGUCUGGUAUGUGGGAAACCCCAUGUAUCACUCGCCAGAGCCGAGCAAGGUGAGAAAUGUGAACUACGAAGUGAGACAAAAGGUGUUGUGCGAAAAGGAAAACAUGCGGAAUUCGCGCAUCGCGAAAGUCGUGUGCCAGAACAACAACAACCGGAAGCCACUGGCGAACAUCUGGCUGCAGAGCAACCCGUGCUACGAGUCGCCGGACAUCAAGACUCUGCAGGCCAAGCAGACCGGCGCCGCCCACCGCCUGGCGGCCAAGGCGCACGAGAGCACCUACCUGACGCCAAUCCCAGUGAAGCCGCCGAGGGACUUCGCGCCGCGCCCCACCGUCGUCCCGGCGCCGAAUCCCGUGCCCCAGGAUGACGACGACGACGACAUCCUGGACCACCAGAAGUUCCUCGACCACGAGUACUGCACCAUCCCCGGGGACGAAUCCGACUCGUGGGUGACCCAGUCCACGGCCUCGAGGAAGAGCGACUCCCCCUUGGCCAGGAGGAGCCUCGAGUUCGGCGCCUCCUGCAAGACGCCCAAGGGCAAGAAGGGCGUCAGGGUGGCCCGCUCGCCCGUCACGCCGUCGCGGCUCUGGAGGCAGACCACCAGGACGCAGCACUCCACGCCGAGGAAGUACCAGGGCACCUUGGAGAAGAACCUGGACACGGGGGCGCCGCUGGGCACGCGCUCGCACAGGACUCCCCGGGCCGUCAAGAGGGGCAAGAAGACCCGCGAGACGUUCCCGAACGAUUCUCCCUCGCCCACUCCGCCCCCGCUUCCCGCGCGCCCGCACCACACCCUCCGCCACUACGACAACGACCGCUCCAACGACACCGUCGGCCUGGAGGACACGAACGACUUCCAUCGUAAGCCGCAGGACGACCUCGACGACACGGCCAAGUUCCAGCUCCCGCCCGACAGCGUGUACGAGAGCAUCACCUUCCUGGAGAGGGGCGUCGACCCCCACGACCUGCCGCCGGGCUACACGCCCCGCCGGCACCACCUGCGGCGUCCGUCGGGCAACUCCUCGGCCCUGACGCUCUCCCCGGCCCUGAGCCGCCCCUGCUCCUCCAGGGGCAGCCGAAGCAGGAGCCAUUCAAAAAACGGGCUGCGGCCAGGUUCCCCUUGCGAGGGGAGCCUGAGGGCGCGGGCGCGGAGGGGAUCCACCACGAAGAAGGUCAGCAAGAAGUACCGCGCCAGGGACGUGCUCGCGGGAAAGGGUCAGCUGAAGCUAGCAGUGUACGAGAAUUUCGGCCUUCUUACCAUACACAUUAUCGAGGCAAGGAAGUUAAAGUCACGGUAUUCUAGUGUGUGCAACCCGUAUGUCAAGAUCUCCCUGGUGCCGGACUGCGUCGAGAGGACCUUCUGCCGGACGCCGCUGAUCCGCGCCACCAACGCCCCGAGCUUCGACCAGAAAUUCAGCUUUGACUUUCUUCCCGAAGACCUGGAUAAGCGCCUCCUGAUCUCGGUCUGGAGUCGAGAUACCUUGAGGAAAAGGAGCGAAUUCCUUGGCUGUAUGUCCUUCAGCGUCGCCCAUAUAUCAAACAAGCGAGUGCAUGGCUGGUUUCGCCUGCUGACGGAGACGCUGGGAAGGAGAAAGCACUUCGCUGUGUCCUUCCUCAACGCCACCACUUCCGGAGAGACGUCUAAGAGCAAGAUGGAGGAGGUGCUUAUCCUCGACGACAAUCAACCUCCUACCACAGCGCACGACCCGACGAAACACCGCGACAGACUAGAUGUUAACACUACGGGCUUGAAUCUGAACGAAAAUGAGCUUGUGGGCAGCAACAACAUACAACAACAACAGCAACAACAGCCCAAGGGUCAGACUCCAUACACCAUCACUGUCACUGUUGUUCGGGGAAACCAAGGUUUCGGCUUCAGCGUGGCGUGGACGAAGCCGCCCCGAGUCGAACGCGUGGAGCCGGGUCUGCCAGCCGAGCAAGCCGGACUGAAGCCUGGAGAUUACAUCAUCUUCGUCGGGCAGUUUAAUGUCGUGAAGUAUGAGGAGGAACAGGUGCUCGACAUCAUAAGGGAUAGUGGCGACGUACUGUCCAUGGAGGUCUAUCGCCGCGGCGUCUCGAAGCACCCCCGAGGCCUCGUCAACGGCUUCGUCCCGUCUCGAACCGCUUCGGAACAGGGACUCGUCAACGGAAACGAAUCCCACCCUCGCAAGAAGCUCAGUCACAUUACCUUCAACACGGAGGUAGGAUGGGGCUUGAAUGUGUGAUGUGGUUGGCCCUGACAUAUCCUUGAGUAUGUGGCCGUAGGAUGGGCUGUGGUGAGACGUGUUGGAGGAAUGGGGGCGUCGGAUCCUUAAGUAUGUGGAGACUGGAAGGGCGCUGCUAAAACGUGUGGAGGAUGUGAGUGGCUCGAGAAGAAUAAGAUUGGUUUUCGUCAGAAGAUUUGCUUUUUAGUCCAAUCAUUUUUCUUGAGAUUUUAAAGGAUUUUUUUAAAUUAGAUUGACAGUGAAGGAUUAGAGAGUUCCUAAUCGGAGAUGGGAGCUAAAUAUGUGAAGGAUUGGCCUGGCAGUAGGUAAGGGCUAAAAUCUCAGAUCUUUUAUUGGGAUUACACUCUGAUCCUGAAGGUAGGAUGGAAGUUUCACCUGUGAAGGAUGGCAUAAGGCCCUUUCAUGCGUGUCUAUACCCAUUUCCAAAUCCUGCCUCCUCUCUUCCUUUUUCUCUUCUCUUCCUAUGCACCCAUUUCUUGCUUUUACUUUGCAGUACUAUAAAAGUGCAAGUUAAUGACCAUUUUUUCCUAUUUUUUGGAAUUUAACUUCUUUUUGGAAUGAUUGAAAAAAAAAUGCUGCUUGCUUCUGCUUUCGUGAGCAUGACGUUUAAGACUUCCUUUGAACAACAUAAUUGCACAGAUUUAGACAUAUGGGCAUGAACACAUACGCUCAUGACGCUAAAAGAUAACUCACGCGAUCAAAAUAGAGAGAUGUGAAAUUCAUUUGUAAAUACUUUCUGAAACAAGAAUAUUGGCACAGACUUAAAAUCUAUAUCAAUUAUCAUGUUUAAACUUAUGAAACUCUUUUUUCCCUUUUUUUCUGUAUUACGAAAUUUCCAUGAUUUUUAUUGCUGGACCAAAUCGAUUUUUUUUUUCUAGUUGUUUUAGAAAUCUAACAUUGACAUAUUGACGAUAGCACUAAUUUUAGCCUAGGAUCUUCCCUCUUCACUAUCCUAUCUCUAUAUUAAUUAUAUCUUUGAAGAAAACAUUGUGAUAAUUGACUAUAUAU